AUGCCCGCCCGCCCGCUCGCUCGACCCCCCGAGCGUCGAUUCCGCCCUCGUGCCCACACGCCGAGCUUGACGCACUCUGCGCGCACGCCCCCGCCCUCGCCUGGGACCCAAAUCCGCGUGCGCGCGUCCCCUCGUUUCCUUGAGUCCACGCCCACCGCCCACCCAGUGCCCAACCGCCUAGGCCAUAUCCCCUCGUUCUCCAUCCCUCGUCUAGCGUCACUGGUGAGACCCCGCCGUCUCUCAACAGUCACUGUCCCUACAUCGUCGCCGAACCUCCAACCCCCCGCUUCCGCUGCACUUGCGCUCCGCGCACGCGCACAGAGCAUCGCGAAUAUCACAGCACGUCGAGAGGAGGCCGAGGAGCCGCUGACGGCGGAGAGUGAGCUAGGAAGGAGCGUUACCGAGUCCACCCCUCCGCUCACUCCUCCCUCAUUCUGCAUCAUCGCCGACACCGCAUACACGCUCGACCCCGCAUCCUCAUAUCCUCACUUCACCUCGUCCUCUUGCUGA